AAUAUAUGUAGACCGGCUUUGCUAUGAGCACGAAGCGCCAAAAAGUUUAGUUCAUCUCGGGUGGUUAAGGUUAGGGUUAGGGGAUUGGUCAGGAGAUAGGACCUGUACACUUAAGAAUGGACUCCUGGCCAAUAGUAGUGUGUGAAUGCUAUUGAAGGGCGGGUCUUGUCGGUCCCACAGCGCUAAACAGAGAAGACGUGACAGAUUCCACCUGUUUGCACACGGCACUGGAAUAACGGCGAAGCUCGGAACGAACGGCCUCUUGCACUGCUGCUGUGUGUGUUUGCUGCUGACAUAUUUUUUUGCUGCAGGACACCGCUACACUUUUGUCUUCCACGCGAGGGCUGGCAUUAAGGAUGUUGCUGUGAAUGCAGGAAAGUGCAGCAGGACCUAUCCAGAAGGUGCAGCAUCCAGGGCCAACAUCAAAAGACCCAGAAGAGUAGAAAUAAACUUCUGCCCAAUUAUCCCCAAGGAGUAACUAAGGACACACUGGACAACCAGAGGCUUGAGAUGGUGGAGCAGUUCAAGAAGACAGUGAUUGAUGGAGACAUGAUUAUGAUCCAUCAACAUAUGCAGUGCACCUUUGCGCUCAGGCAUGAAGAAAUUGUGAUUUCAGCUCCUCCCAUUGCUGAACUGAAAGACAGAUGGCCUGCACUCUUUUGUGAAGCCCAACUCUGCAGUGAAUUCCACAGGAUCACCAAUCAAAAUCUACUGUAUUCCUUAUUUGCUGCACUUGACAAGUACACACCUCAGCUACUCUGCAAAAAGAGGAAGAAUGGAAGUUUUGGCAAAAAGAUACAAAACGUUUUGAUGGCAUAUGAGGAACAGGACAAGAACAACAUUGCUGCAGCUCGAACAGCAGCCCUGGCCGGCCUACCAAUGUACUUAAAGGAGGAUUCAUCAGAGGUCUUCAAAACCUGCAAGGAUGAGUUGGAGGCAAACCAGGAUGGAGCAGUGGCUCUGGUGGUAGUGGUGAAUGAAGAGGAGGUGCCUGCUGGAGUUCCCUUUGAAACUCACCAUGUGUCAUUUGUCCUUGAGGAUCAGGUUGUAAUGUCUCACAGAUCUUGGACUGAUUCAGUGGUGAUUAUGUUUGGACUGAUUUAUGCCCUUCAUUUGAGCUAUCCUGAGAAGCUAAGUGGCUUCUUUGAGUUCAUCCAGGUUGUCCUCUUAAACCUUGAUGGAAGAAAGCAGCUUAAACCUAAGUUACAAGCCUUGAGAAAUGAGCUAGAUUAAAGGUGUUAACAUGCUCUUUUGUUGAAGGUCAGUGUUCUGAAAAUUAUCUUUUGGCUUGCAUGCCAAUUAGGGUUGGGCAUCGAGAACCGAUUCCUACUUUGAAUCGUUUCAAAAAUUACAAUUCCAUCAGAAUCAUUUCUAUAUUGGAAUCGUUUGGAGGAUUUGGUUUCAAAUCUGAUCACGGGUUCCAGAUUUAACGUGCAAAUUUUGGUUUCCGUAGCAGCCAGGCGCUUGUUGUGCUGCAGCCGUGCAGCACAGUAAGCGGAGC